GUUUCGGGCAUGGGUCAAUGCUACCCAUGCGGUUUCAAUCUUUGGAGUCCUUCGCCCAGAGCUGCUCCAAAGGAGACGGAUGGCAAAGACGGGCAGGAGAUCCUUCUGGAGCAACUCGAGUCCUUUGGCUGUUUGGGCGCGACCUUAGUACGGGAAGCAGCAGCGGAGUAUUCCUUCGAUAGUUCACUGGAUGAUGAGGAAUGGGAGCAACAGUGGCUCAGAUGGAAGAUGGCCAUCGACGUUGGCGAAGAGAUGUGGUCUGCUGCCUUCCAGCUGAUUGAGGCUCUCUUGCAGGGUGUCAUGGACCACCUACCUCAGGCAAUCAAUCAUGCCGAGCUGGAUGGCGCCUCCUUGAAAGUGUUUUUCAAUGAAGAGCUGCUGGGUGAGUUUGCAACUCGUUCCAGGAUGGGCGCACAGAUUCGCUUGGAAAAGGAGCUGCGGUUCAUUCUUUCGGUGCCCACUGACUCCUGGCGGCCGCUGAUUGUGGAGGUCAUCGGUUUGGACUUCCCGGCACUACCACGAGCUGUGGAGCUCAGGGAAGACCUACUGAAGACCUUAGGCAGUGACUUCAGUCGGUCAGCGGCCUUCAAAUGUUGGCAGGAACGGAAAGAGGAAUUCCCUCUUCAAUCUUCCAAGCUCCGCAGGGUUCACGAGUCCUUGGCUCAAUACUACUUACCUGCCUAUGUGGCAGAAAAGGCCUUCUGGGGCUAUUUGAAUGCCCCACCACAAGGCUGCAGUGGUGUGCAUAGCUUGGAAUUCCAUCAGGAAGGUGGUGAAGUGCGCGUGACAGCACGGAGGAGGCAGCCAACUGCACAAAGUCAGCUGGAGCAACUUGCCCUCAUCGACGACUUGUGCAUUGAGGUCCUGCUGCAAGAUCGAUUCCUCGGAGAGCAGUUUGCGCCCAGUUCCAUGAAUUUCUUGGCAAUGACCCAUGGACACGCUGCUGGACAAAAGGGAGCAGAUCCAAAGAAGAUCGCAAAGCUCAUGUCCGCGGCCAAAAGCUGGGGUCCAGGAACAGAUGGCUGGCAUCGCUUCGAUGAGACAUGGACAUGCACCGAUCAGAAAGAUUGGCUGGGCAGGACCAUUGAAGAGCAAGGGCGUGUCUUGUGGCACAAGCCAGGUUUUCAACUUACCUGAGUGGCCCAAAAA